GAAAUUCUUCCUAUAUGGAUCAGCCUGUUAGUGAUGGUGAAACUGGAAGACGACCACUCUAAGCAAACCCAGGAUGAAUCGGGUGCCAGGUGAUGCAGAAAAUGCUCACAGUAGCAGUGUGGAAUCCUGUCCUUCCUUGCGGGAUGUCCACUCCAUCAACCCAGUGCAACUGACGGCAAGGAUUGAGUCGUAUGAAGGCAGAGAGAAGAAAGGCAUAUCAGAUGUCAGAAGGACUUUCUGUUUGUUUGUUACAUUUGAUCUCUUAUUCAUAACCUUGCUGUGGAUAAUAGAAUUAAAUGUAAAAGGAGGCAUUGAGACUACCCUAGAGAAAGAAGUCCUACAAUAUGACUACUCUUCUUCAUAUUUUGAUAUAUUUCUACUGGCAGUCUUUCGAUUUAAGGUGUUAAUACUUGCAUAUGCAAUGUGCAGACUGCGCCAUUGGUGGGCAAUAGCUUUUACAACAGCAGUGACCAGUGCCUUUUUAUUAGCAAAAGUAAUUAUUUCACAGCUGUUCUCACAGGGUGCUUUUGGCUACGUGCUGCCCAUUAUAUCCUUCAUACUUGCCUGGAUUGAAACUUGGUUCUUGGACUUUAAAGUGUUACCACAAGAAGCUGAAGAAGAAAACAGAUUUUUGAUAGCACAGGAUGCUUCUGAACGAGCAGCUCUUCUUCACCCAGGAGUCCUCUCUGAUGGGCAGUUCUAUUCUCCUCCUGAAUCUGUAGCAGGAUCCGAUGAAGACUCUGAAGAAAAGCAAGACAGUGAAAAACCAGUUGUAUAGCAAAUAUGAAAAAGCAGAAAGAAAAUCUCUGAGGGAAGUUGUUGGGGUUUGGAGACUGGCAACAGAGUCUGUGGCUGACUUGCUUGGUGGAGCUGCUGACAGGAGAAUUUAUUCAUUAGAAAGCAAAGGGAAUGGUUCCUAUGUACUGUAAUACCUCACAAAGAUGUACCUUGUUGACAUAUGUAUAUUAGGUUGCCUCCCAGGUGGUAUGAAAAUAUUUGUCCAUGAUGUAUUUUGUUAUUCAGUGAUUCCUGAAGUUGAUCUUCUAAUGACUAGGUAAUUACUGGAAAGUGGUGUCUUGUGUACCUAAUCAAGAGACUGGUAAUAUAAUGAAGUAAAACUUCUCUAUGGUGGAAGUAUAUUUAAUGAUUGUUGGGACUCACCAGGUAAAAUUAUUUUAUGUUACUGCAAAUUUGUCAUUAGUUUUAUGUUUACUUUUUUUAACUUCAUGCAUUUUCUUUUUUAAUGGAUAUGUUCACUUUCUAAAAUAAAAAUGUUAAAACAUG